GAGACGACUGGAUACACAAAUCGAGGUCACUCAAAGAACACUUCCUUUUAGUUGACACCAGCGAGUGUAAAGGGACAGUGAGUACAACUAGCCGACACUUCACAGCAGUGAACUGUAUAGAAGACCGCGGAAGGGCACAGCAUGCACUCUGGAUGGUCCAUCGGUUUGUCCUACAGCCAAGUACUCUGUAUAUGACUAAACUUUGAAGACAGAUGUGCAUUUAGUGAAACCUUAUCAUCAAUCCCCCCAGUACAUCCAUGUGUAUAAUUUUCUUCAAGUUUGACCCCCGGCCUGCGUCCAAAAAUGCCUACAGGCUAAUAUUGGCUGCAAACAGAGAUGAGUUCUACAACAGGCCGUCCAAAGCUGCAGACUUCUGGGGGACCAACAGUGAGAUCCUCAGCGGCCUGGACCUGGAAUGUAGUAAGGAGGGAGGAUCAUGGCUGGGGAUCAGCAAGCGGGGCAAGCUGGCUGCAAUCACCAACUACAUGGAAGGACGUCUCAACCCCGAUGCACAAGGAAGAGGAUUUCUAGUGUCUAACUACCUGAUGGACAAGGAUCUGGACUGCUACUCUUACCUGAAGAAGGUGUCGACAGAAAGCCACCUGUACAACGGCUUCAACCUCAUCACCGCGGAGUUCAAGGCCAAACAAGACACUGUGUGUUACUAUGGAAACCGAGGCAGCCCUGAACCCAUCCAUCUAAAAGCAGCAGGAAUCUACGGCUUGAGUAAUUCACUGCUGGAAACUCCAUGGAGGAAACUUUUGCAAGGCAAGCGUCACUUCACCAGCGUUGUCAGCGACCAGUCCCUGUCCUGCGACGGACUGGUGCAAGAGCUGCUCAGCGUCCUCAACAACGAGGAACUGAACACACCUGAUCCAGCUCAGGAGAGACAGGGUGAUGGUUUAAGCAAGCCGGCAAUCCAGGCUCAGUCUGCAGUGUGUGUUCGCACCCCUCAUUAUGGCACAAGGACCAAUACGAUUAUCCUGAUAGACGCAGAAGGCAACGUGUCCUUCACAGAGCGCACCAUGCUCAACUGUGACACAAGCAAAUGGAGCACCAGUUCUUUCCAGUUCAAACUGCAGGCGUAAAGACAUGAUGGAGGAAACCCACUCUGUGCCUUUCUGCAUUACCUUUCCUUCCAUCACCCCCCCCCCCCUCCUCCUCAAGCUGCAGUUGAUCAUAGCAGCUAUGUGAACAUGUCGGCACAGUGAUAUGUAUUUCUUAUUCUUUAUUUAAGCUAAAAUGCUUUUUUUUUUCUUUUCUUUUUUUUUUUUUUAAAUUGUGUGCUAAUUUAAAAGAUUGCCAAAGAAGAUUUUAUAAUUUUGUAGAGGAAAAUUAUUUUACCCACAUUUCACAAAACAGCAGGGUUGGGUUGCUUCAAAAAGUCUAGUCCAGUACAGGUCGCUGGUAACCUGCUUUAAAAUGCAACCAUUACCAUCGAGAUUAAGAUUAUUUUAAUGCAAUCUAAUUUAUUCUUUUUGGUGUCAUAUUUUUACCUAUACAUGUCGUGAAGUGAACAUACACUUUAUGCACAAUUUCUAAACUGCAAUUUUAAAUAGUUUUUUUGUUUCACACAAUGGGAAAACGUUGAGCCACCAGUAUUUUUCUAGAGAACGUGUCAUCUGAUUUAGGUUUACAGUUACUGUCAUAGAUUAGCGCUACCAACUACUUUUUACAUUUCUGAUUACUGUAACUUCAUUACAGGUAAUUCAUGAGUUACAUCCCAACCCUGCACAACAGUAGCCUGAAUGUUGGUUACAACAGAUGUUGAAUGCAUACCGUUUUCAGGCUCUGGAUCUCUGACCACUUCCACAGCUGCUUGACAAUAAAAAAAAAAAAAACACUCACAUUUGGCUUACCAUGUAAUGAUUGUUGACAGAAACACACUGGGAGGAAUCCAUUUUUUGUUUAAGUGAUCACAUCUGUUCAUUCACCUGCCAGGAGAUUUCUGCAUUAUAUCAAAAAGAGAGCUGGUUCUUCCUUUUGCCGUAUGUAUUCUGCUUAUUGUGUGUGUUCGCCAUUUACCCACACGUUACUCUUACAGGUGAUGCUAAUUCAGCAGGAAAAACAAAGCUGUUGAGUGGUUUAGAAACUCAAACUGGAGAAGGCUUGUGCAAAUAUUAAAUAUCUAUUAUUUAUUCCUCUAUACUUAAUGGACUAAAAGAGUUUUUCAAGAGGCGUAUUUCCACUAUCUUGUGGGGAGAGGGGUAUUUGAAUUACCAGUGGCCCCAUCGGGUUAAUGUCAGCUCCUCAGGGGCCCAUGAAAGCACAAGAACCCACACUAUAUAUGACUUGAAUAAUGGAGCUUUCAUAUAGCCAUGUGGCUGUCCCAGGCAGUCUACAGCAGACUUUAUUCUCUACAAAAAAGCAAAUUUCAGAUUUUUAACAUGGCAUUUUGACACCUUGUUAAAGUAGGAAAUGUACAGGGGCAAAUAAUAAAAUUAGUUAAUUACAUUGA